GUGUUAAUUGUUAUCUUUCAUCUCUUUCAUCAAAUUGUCAAGGAAAAAAAGAGAAGGAGAAGGGAAAUAAUUUCUCUUGCUGAAUUUUAUAUUCGAUCUGGUUUUUUCAAAAAUCGUUGCUGAGAGAAAAGAGGGGGUAAAAAUUUCCCUCUCCUUCAUCACUACUCAUCGUUUGGAUUCCUGUCAAUUCUCAUUUUUCUCAGAGGUGUUUUUCUCAACUUUGUGAUUAUUUUUUGCAAACUAGAAAGAAAACUUUGUAGAUCAAGAUGGUUGGUCCAAUUGCAAAACCAGUAAUGCGAGGAAUGUGUAUAAGCUACAUAAAGAAAGGUAUUAUUGGAGCAGUUUCAGCAUCUAUUGUGGCUGGAGUUGCUUUUAAAUUUCUCUUCAUGGAUUCCAGAAGGAAAAUCUAUGACGAUUUUUACGCUACAUACGAUAAACAUGCGGCCGUUCAACGUUUGAAUAGAUCCGGUUUUAUGUCAUCGUCACCUGAAAAUAUCGCCAAAAGGAGGGCAGAGCGUUAAAUAAAUUUUCAAUAAAUGUAAAUAGACGAUUCAUAAAUUAAAAAAAGUCACUAUAGAAGUUAAAAA